AGUCUCCCGCCAGUUCCCGGGUCACUCGGAGCUCUGGCCGGCAGCCGACCAUCCUGAGCAUGUUCUCCAAAGGGUCCAACAAACGGAAAUCGGAGGAGGUGAACGGGGAAGUGAAGCAGGAGGUGAUGAGCGUGGAGAAGGAGGAAGAGGAGCUGGAGGAGAAGGAACAGGAUGAGAAAAGGAUUAAAAUCGAAACCAAAGAAGGGUUGGAGAUAAAAGAUGAAAUUACUCAGGUUAAAACUACACCACCUGCUAAAACCACCCCUCCCAAGUGUGUCGACUGCAGACAGUACCUCGAUGAUCCCGACCUCAAAUUCUUCCAAGGGGAUCCUGAUGAUGCCCUGGAGGAGCCAGAAAUGCUGACGGAUGAGCGCUUGUCCCUCUUCGACGCUAACGAAGAUGGCUUCGAGAGCUACGAGGACCUGCCGCAGCACAAAGUCACCUCUUUUAGCGUCUACGACAAGCGAGGUCACUUGUGCCCCUUUGACACCGGCCUGAUCGAGAGGAACAUCGAGCUGUAUUUCAGCGGUGCCGUGAAGCCCAUCUACGACGAUAACCCUUGUCUGGACGGUGGGGUGAGAGCCAAGAAGUUGGGGCCCAUAAACGCCUGGUGGAUCACGGGGUUUGAUGGAGGGGAGAAGGCUUUGAUCGGCUUCACCACAGCCUUUGCGGAUUAUAUCCUGAUGGAGCCCAGCGAGGAGUACGCUCCCAUCUUCGCCCUCAUGCAAGAGAAGAUCUACAUGAGCAAAAUCGUCGUCGAGUUCCUGCAGAACAACCGCGACGUCAGCUACGAGGAUCUGCUCAACAAAAUUGAGACCACCGUACCUCCCGCGGGGCUGAACUUCAACCGCUUCACAGAGGACUCGCUCCUGCGACAUGCCCAGUUCGUGGUGGAGCAGGUGGAAAGCUACGACGAAGCCGGGGACAGCGACGAACCCCCCGUCCUCAUCACGCCCUGCAUGAGGGACUUGAUCAAGUUGGCUGGAGUCACCCUGGGGAAGAGGCGAGCUGUCAGGCGGCAGGCCAUCCGCCACCCCACCAAAAUAGACAAGGACAAGGGUCCCACCAAAGCCACCACCACCAAGCUGGUGUACCUCAUCUUCGACACCUUCUUCUCGGAGCAGAUCGAGAAGGACGAGAAAGAAGAUGACAAGGAGAACGCCAUGAAGCGCCGGCGCUGUGGCGUUUGCGAGGUCUGCCAGCAGCCCGAGUGCGGGAAGUGCAAGGCUUGCCAGAACAUGGUGAAGUUUGGGGGCAGCGGACGGAGUAAGCAGGCUUGUUUGCAGAGGAGGUGUCCCAACCUGGCCGUCCGGGAAGCUGAUGAGGACGAGGAGGUGGACGACAACAUCCCCGAGAUGCCAUCGCCCAAGAAGAUGCUGCAGGGCAGGAAGAAGAAGCAGAACAAGAGCCGUAUCUCCUGGGUGGGGGAGCCCAUCAAGAGCGAUGGGAAGAAGGACUACUACCAGAGGGUCUGCAUUGACUCGGAGACCCUGGAGGUGGGAGACUGCGUCUCCGUCAGCCCCGACGAUCCCACCAAGCCCCUCUACCUCGCCAGGGUGACAGCCAUGUGGGAGGACAGCAGCGGUCAGAUGUUCCACGCGCAUUGGUUCUGCCCUGGCUCGGACACCGUCCUGGGGGCCACCUCUGACCCCCUGGAGCUCUUCUUGGUGGAUGAGUGCGAGGACAUGCAGCUCUCCUACAUCCACGGCAAAGUCAAAGUGAUCUACAAGGCGCCCUCGGAGAACUGGUCCAUGGAGCAGGGCGGGCUGGACAUGGAGAUCAAGAUGGUGGAAGACGACGGGAGAACUUAUUUUUAUCAGAUGUGGUACGACCAGGAGUACGCUCGAUUCGAGUCCCCGCCGAAAACUCAGCCCACGGAAGACAACAAAUACAAGUUCUGCAUGAGCUGCACGCGCCUGGACGAGGUAAGGCACAAGGAGAUACCCAAAGUGGCUGAGCCCCUGGAAGAAGGGGAUGGGAAGAUGUUCUACGCCAUGGCCACCAAGAACGGAGUGCAGUACAGGGUGGGAGAUGGCGUCUACCUCCUGCCGGAAGCCUUUUCCUUCAGCAUGAAACCCGCCAGCCCAGCCAAGCGCCCCAAAAAGGAGGCGGUGGAUGAGGAGCUGCACCCGGAGCACUACCGCAAGUACUCGGAGUACAUCAAGGGCAGCAACCUGGAUGCCCCUGACCCUUACCGCGUGGGCCGCAUCAAAGAGAUCUUCUGCAACAUCCGCAGCAACGGCAAACCCAACGAGGCCGAUAUCAAGCUGCGCAUCUGCAAGUUUUACAGACCCGAAAACACGCACAAGUCCAUGAAAGCCAGCUACCACGCAGACAUCAACCUCCUGUACUGGAGCGACGAGGAGACGACGGUUGACUUCCGCGCCGUGCAGGGCCGUUGCACGGUGGUGUACGGGGAGGAUCUGACAGAGAGCAUCCAGGACUAUUCUGCCGGUGGGCUCGACCGCUUCUACUUCUUGGAGGCUUACAACGCAAAAACCAAGAGCUUUGAAGAUCCUCCCAACCACGCUCGGAGCUCUGGCAAUAAAGGGAAGGGGAAGGGGAAAGGGAAAGGCAAAGGCAAAGGGAAGUCGUCGGUGAGCUGCGAGCAGAGCGAGCAGGAGCCGGCUGAGCUGAAGCUCCCCAAGCUGCGGACCUUGGAUGUCUUCUCUGGCUGCGGAGGGCUGUCCGAGGGCUUCCACCAGGCAGGUGUGUCGGAGACACUCUGGGCUAUCGAGAUGUGGGAACCGGCCGCCCAGGCUUUCCGACUGAACAAUCCCGGCACUACCGUCUUCAGCCUGCUGAAGCUGGUCAUGUCCGGCGAGAAGACCAACUCGCUGGGGCAGAAGCUGCCGCAGAAGGGGGACGUGGAGAUGCUGUGCGGUGGUCCCCCGUGCCAGGGCUUCAGCGGCAUGAACCGCUUCAACUCCCGCACCUACUCCAAGUUCAAGAACUCCCUGGUGGUUUCCUUCCUCAGCUACUGCGACUACUACAGACCGCGGUUCUUCCUUCUGGAGAACGUCAGGAACUUCGUAUCCUUCAAGCGUUCCAUGGUGCUGAAGCUCACCCUACGCUGCCUUGUCCGCAUGGGUUACCAGUGCACCUUCGGGGUCCUACAGGUAGGGACGUAUUCCGGCCCCUUCCGCACCAUCACCGUGCGGGAUACCAUGUCCGACCUGCCAGAGAUCAGGAACGGUGCCUCCGCCUUGGAGAUCUCCUACAACGGGGAGCCCCAGUCCUGGUUCCAGCGGCAGAUCCGGGGCUCCCAGUAUCAGCCCAUCCUCAGGGACCAUAUCUGCAAG